GGGCGGGGCGGGGCCGGGGCGGUGAGUCGGGGCCGCGCCGGGGCGGGAUGCGGCUGGUGGCGGCGCUGCGGGCCGGGGCCGGGUACCGGCAGGGGCAGAGCCCGGCGCCGCGCACCCGCGAGUACUUCUACUACCUCGACCACCAGGGCCAGCUUUUCCUGGAUGACACUAAAGUCAAGAACUUCAUCACGUGCUUCAAAGAUGUAGGGUUCCUCACCUUCUUCUUCAAGCGGCUGGAGCCGAACCGGAGCGGGCGUUACGAGGCCGAGUUCCCGUUCCUGUCACUCUGCGGCCGGGAGCGGAACUUCCUCCGGUGUGACGAUCGUCCCAUCGUCUUCACCCAGCUGCUGCCGGGUGCCGGCGGGCGCCAGCUCCUCUCCUACUGCGGCGGUGGCGAGCGCCUGGCUGUGCCCUUCCAGCCCCAGAGCUUGGUGAUGUUGCCGGAAAACGGGCGGCUCUACCAUCCGGCACCGGCGCAGGCAGGUGGCGCAGGCUUGGUGCGCUCAGCGCUGGCCUUCGAGUGGAGUCCCGGCUUCGAGUACGGCUGCGGGCAGGCGCAGCCCCCCACUCAUUUCACCUGGGAAGGGCAGCGCUACCAGCUCACCCAGGAACUGCUGCCGCUGCUCCGCGCCGGCACACCGGGCUGUGCUGGGGAAGCGCUGGCUGUCCCCAUCACCCCACGUCAGGGCUGAGGUGGGGAUCCCAAGCCAUCCCCAUCACCAGUGAGGUGGGGAUGGGGUAUGGACCCCCAGCACCCCCACGCCGAUGAGAAAACAGGGGGGCAGACCCAGCACCGGCUCACCCAUGGCAGGGUGUGCCCUGCCGUGGCGGCCAGAACCCCUGCUAGG